AUGCCUGCGGUGAGUCACUUGCUGCCAGCAGCUACUUCAUUUUCCUGACAACUGAUCCAUCAUCACAAAUUGUCCCUGUGCCCACCCAGAACACAACCUUGCCCAUUGUGGACACUAAUCCAGACCUGGCCAGCCCCAAGCAGCGCAUGGGCCGCAUGGAGCAGGAUCUCCACCUUGUCUUGUUGGCCAAGCGUCUUGAGAUGGCCAAAAGCAACAACAACAAGCUGACAACCACUCUUGGGGUCAUUGAGGCCAACAUGAAAGAGCUUGUUGCCAACAAACAAGAGCUUGUCACCAAGCUCAAAGGUGUCGAGCGCGCAGUCGAUGCAAUUUGCAAGACUGUUGCGCUCCUGAUUGGCGUGAUGAUUGCCAUUGUUGUUGGCUUGUUGGCUGUUUGCCUCACGCGCAAAUAAGGACCUCAUGCGCUUGGUCACUUGAAUACGAAUCCAGACCAACUUGACCUCAGCGUGAGGAAUGGUCUGAAAUGCAGUGUGCUGCCCAAGCGCGCGCGUCUUUUGAGACGCUGUUGUAGUCGUUUGUUCUUCUUUACGCGUGACCAUGACUUUCAUCCGUAUAUGCUCGACAUCUUUGUAGCUCAGAGCUUCUCGUCGUCUCUGUUCUGCGGAAGCAGUCGACUACUUAAGAGCCACUGUUGCUGCAGUGGUUUAGCUAAGCGUGAAAAACUCUUCAGACAACUCAAACUCCAAAUUCCUACCGCUUUUGUGCGCGCACCAUUGGCGAGUCUCUGUGUCGGUCCAUCCAUUGGUUCCGUUGUCACAUUCUCAUUCUGCCGAGGCAAAUGCUACCCUUGCUUUGCCGAGGCCGGUGCUGAAGGAGCAGUAGAAGACUUUUAGUCCCGUAAUGUCCCAAGUCCUGGGCUGCUCAACAGUUCCCCCGUUUGAAUCUCACUGGUGCCAGGAUCGAGGGGAAGGGGCUUCGCGUAUGUCCCCAUCAGAGGCGUAUCAGUGGCUUUCUAGCACCUACUCGGUUGCUAGACUAUUAUAGAUCUCUGUUGACUAGAUAUCUCUCUCAGUUCAAGGACAGGACACUUUCUCCUCAGGACUGUGCAAACUCUACUUUUAUCCAUCCACGCAAAGCAUUCAGCCAGGCACAGCAUACAUCCACGCAAAGAUGACCCCACGACAGCGCAAGCGGUAUCUGUGGCAAGUGGAACUAGGUUGGGGGGCUAAGACAAAGCAAAAAAAACCGCUAGUCAAGCUGGUGCGAAGACAUGGAAGCCAACUCAGGCCGAUCAAGGCUGGGCGCUGAAAGCUUUUGUACUUCUUGCCCAAUCUUCAGACUGUUGUGCAGGCUCCAACGCCAGCCGAGCGGGCUCAGUCACUGGCAGCAACAGAAAGCUCAAUCAAAAGGCUCCCACCAAGGCAACGUACGCAGAAGCUCUCGUCCAUAAUCUCAUGGAGUUCUCUGGAGACCGCAGCCCGCGCGACUCAGUAGCUUCGGGCUCACAACAGCCAGCGGAUGUCCCAUCGGCAACAAUUGUUCCUUCAAAAGCACCUAUGGGGGCGGCAGUCCCGCCUAUUUUACCUCCCACGCAAGUGGAAGAGCUCACUUCACUCGAGCUGGAGGGACUAAAAAUAGGCUCAAAGGACAUCAAGGAACGCAGCUCUUGUGCCAGCUCCGUGGCCCCCUCUCAGAGCUCUCAGGCUGGCAGCAACCCUGUCGGGCAAGACAUGGCUGACGGAAUGGAUGCAGCUGAUUGUUGCAUCACUUAUCUGCUUGCGGUUGGUGGAAAGACACCUGAGUAAGCGGGCAAAGCUGGAUUUGCACGCCUUAAGAACAAGCUUCUUCGCGACUGGUACGAAGCAACAAAAUCAGAUCCAUCAGCUUUGGAAAUGAAUGUCACAGUGAAGCAACAGUUGUCUUUGCCAGAGUGGAACUCAGACACGGUAACGAAGUCUCUCAAAGGGAAAGAGGUUGAUCGCGGCCCGUCUCUGUCUGCCCCUUCAGAGUGAAGCUCGGUGCAUCCUGGAAACAAAGGACCAAGCAUGCCUGUCGGAAUCAAAAGACGCGUCAUCCCUCCAGCGAUCCUCCCUCUUGGCCUCAAGGUCGGCGGAAUGCCAGCCACGUCCACCCAAUGCCAGGACACCGGCCGACGUCCAUCAGUAAGAUACGGCAGCCUCGAUUGAUUUGUUGCUGUCUCUCGACUUCCAGCACGCGCGACCUCCUCCUUGCCCAGAUACACCCAAGCCCCUUUGUGGCUGUCCGGUGGGGCUCCGGUAGAAGCAGUCUGGCGCAGGAGUACUACCCCAGCACAAAUUCCAGACGUUUGCAGACCUAGCAUCUUGUGGCAAUACAAUCCGCCUGCCGGCAUGCUGACAGCAAGCGCAUCAGACCCCAACAAACCAGAACACCCACCCCCUCCCCCCUCCCCCCCUGGAGACGACAACGAGCCAGAUAAUGACCCUCCGUCCAGUGUUGGAGGACAAGAGCCCAGUCGACGCCAGCCAUUGGUCAACCCAAGCCAGUGAAACUAUGAAAGAGGGUGCUCCAGCGACAUCGGUGGCGGAGGGGGCAACAGAAACGGCCCUUGGCCGCCAAGUCCUGAUCCGCCACAAGGUCAGACGCCAAACUAUCCUAGACGCCAAGAACGCAUCCCAAAGUCCAAAGACGUGGAUGACUUUGACCCGGACCUGGUGUCCAUCCGUCUGUGGUUGGCCAGGGCCAAGAACCUGCAAGUCUCAUCAAGUCACACCAAUGGGGAGACGAGUGCGGUUGUGGGUUCUUUGCCUGGAAGGUCGAGCUACAGCCCGGUUCUCUCAGCUCUUCCAAAUCUCUUCAUCUUGGACGGAACGGCAGCAAGUCCUUAA